AGCCGCGAGGAGAGACAUAGAAGGUACCUGGUAUUGCUUGGUACCAAGGGAUGUAGCUUACGAGCCGUCAUGCAUGGUUUUCAGGAACAUUUAGCUGUCAUUAUUCGGCUCGCCGGCUUCGUGUCGGCCAUGACAGGUUCAACGAGGACGCGUACAUGUACUUCGUUACACAGUUCUUCUUGGUUGUAGGGAAGUGUUUUUACCGCUUUAUUUUUCCGUUUGAAGACACGAACCAUGAUUUUCAAGUAUCGAGGAACGACGAUUCGUUUGUUCAGUAGAAAACUAUUUAUUUUGGUUACGUUGGGAAUUGGUGCAAUCCUUGCGGUGUUUACCCUACGUGAGAUGAUUACAUUCGAUGCUUCUUACACUCGCGACUCCACGCCUAAUAGUAAUGGUUUUCAUUCAGAUCAACCACAAAAUAAUCCUCAUCUUCAAGGAACGGUAGCAAACUCCAACGAAGACAAUACAAAAACUAUGGCGAAGAAAGAAAAUACAAACAACAAUAUUCCUCAAGAGAGUUUACACGAAAUUAUCCGGCGGCCGACGAUAACGAUUUCUCAAAACAAAACCGUUUCGCCAGAAAUACAGAAACUAAGAGAUAUUGUGAAAGCUGUGAACAAGGCAGAGUACAUCAGAAAUGGAGACAAAUUCGGCACGACUUUGUCACAGAAAUCUAUUGUUAUUAUAGUGCAAGUUCACGACAGACGCGAUUAUUUUUCCUAUUUAUUGAAGUCGUUGAGCCGUGCUAAAGGGAUAGAGGACGCAUUGCUCGUCAUCAGCCACGACUACUAUUCGGAGGAAAUUAACCGACACGUGGAAUCAAUCGACUUUUGUAAGGUUAUUCAGAUAUUCUUUCCAUUUGCUGAUCAGCUCUACCCAGAUCAGUUUCCUGGAACUGAUCCUAAUGACUGUCCAAGGGAUAUCAGCCGAGAAAAAGCAAGGGAGAUUGGAUGUAACAACGCAGCGACACCGGACAUGUUUGGUCACUACAGACAAGCAAAAUUUACCAUGAUUAAACAUCACUGGUGGUGGAAGGCAAACAUGGUUUUUGACAUGCUGAAUGCCACCAAAACUUACAUGGGUCCAGUGCUGUUUCUUGAAGAAGACUACUAUGUCAGCCCAGACUUCUACCAUAUGUUGAGGUUGUUGUAUGAUGGCAAAAUGAGAGGUUGUAAGGAUGACUGUGACCUGAUCACCCUUGGUUCAUACAAAACAGUGGAUAAUUAUGAGCUCGAUGGUGCCAAAGAUACAGCUCAACUUUCGGUCUGGCGAUCACAUGAACAUAACAUGGGAAUGGCAUUUGACAGAGCAACUUGGAACAGAAUCAAGGAGUGUAGUGAGGUUUUCUGCAAGAGUUAUGAUGAAUACAACUGGGACUGGUCACUGAUGAAAAUAAGUGCUUCCUGCUUGUCACACCCCUUCAAGUCACUUGUUCUCAAGGGAUCCAGGGUGUAUCAUCUUGGAGAAUGUGGUCUUCAUCACAAAAAGAAAGAUUGUAACAUUGAAGCAACUGUGCAAAAAUUCCAAACAGUUAUUGACAAGAACACAAACAGCUUCUAUCCACCUUCAGUGAACAUCCAACCUGGAGACAGUACUUUAAUCACAAAAUUUGGUCCUAAUGGAGGGUGGGGUGAUUCCAGAGAUCACGCACUUUGUUUUCAGUUGAUGCAAAACAGAUGACCCACGGGAAAGCAAGUAAAGAGUAAAGACUGGUCUUGAUGGAGAAAUUUCUUAACUUAAGAUAAAAAUAUGACAUAGUGAAAGUUGUUUGUCUGAGGAGUUAUAGCUGCUGAUAUCAUGCAUAACCAAUGUGGCAUUAUCACCCCAUGGGAGGGGGUUAGUUGGGUACACCAGGAAAGAGAGUAGGAGAGUGGUAUAUCUGUGAAACUGGCCCACAGGAAAAAAACGAUUCAGAAGCCAAAGAUAGGUUGUACACGUAUUUUUAGGACUUUUGCUAUAUGUACAUGUGGUCAGUUAUACUGUCCUUUGAGGCUUGCCAGAGAUUGCUUCUGGUUUGGUCUGGUCUGUUUUGGUAAUUUGCCAUGUUUCAUAAAACUAUAUUUUAGAAAAACCCAGCUCUCAGCACUGAGAGUGCACUGCACUCUCAGCAAUCCUUUUUUUCUUUUUUUUUCUUUGGUGUAAGACUUUUUCAUGUAUGUGUGGCAUGACUACAUGACAGCCAUCAAAGUAUACAGUGUAAAUCACAGAAUAGAGCAGAUUUUCUCACUACUGUUUUGUGGAACUCUGCAGAUAUCACUUUAGAACUUGGACAAAAUGACUGAAUGAGACACUUCUUUGUGUACUAGAAACACUGAGCAGGGCUUUCAUGAUUUUCAAAGCAUUCUUUCUUUAACAAUCAACACGAGAGUUGUUUCAAACUGAGGAUAUUGCUACUGAUAUCUAGAUAUACAAUAUAAUAUGUAGUCAGUACUGCUAAAUUGGUUACUUUAGUUUUGAUAUUAAUUUUAACUUCAGAUUUAAAGAAAUUUUAAGAGGCAUAGAAUAAUAUGACGAAUAAGGUUUGUUGGCUUUCUUCCUGCAAACUUUUGUUAACAAAAUUAGGCUUUACAGACAAAGAAGCAUGGCAUAGCAAAAUGGUCACUUUGUUAUUCACCAAAUUGUCAUGAUGUUCCUGUAUUGAUUGUUCUUAUCACAAAGUCCUUGUUACCUAUCAUUUGUACAUAGACACAUCCUGCGAUAUAACGCAGUUUGAAGAGUUUUAAAGACGAAUCGUUGAACAUCUUCUGUACAUGAAAACUUGCUUUAUCUAACUUUAAAAAUGCAUUCUGUUUUUUUUCAUGAUGGUUGAUAUUACAUUUCACGCUUCAAAAUGCAGCCUGUUGAUAAUUUGUUGGAUAAUAACACUCACGCUGCUCAAUCUUGUGGAAUGAUGUAUGAUUUUAGCCGAGUCCCCUAUUUCCCCAUUGGUUAAAUAUCGGGCUGUAUUCUGCACGAUUUUGCCGGAUAAAUAUUUGCUUGCUUUUUGGGCUCAGUUUUAUACACAAUGUAGAGAGUGGAUUCAUAGAAACAUUAGGAGCAGAAAUGUUAUUGUUUCCGCAGAGAUACAGAAUUAUAUUCAGGGAACAAGUGCCGUUUUGGCAAGUCUUCAAUAAAACGCUCAUGAAAUUUCAAUUUUUAUUAUCCAGUCGAUGAAUAGCAUAUUUUAACACUAUCAUGACACUCAUUACUUGCAAAAAAUAUUGGACGAUUUUAAUUUCCGACAAAGCCAAUGUCCGAAAAUAAAACCGUCCAAAGUU